AUGACGGCACAACUAAAACACGUCACUAUUGAAACCACGUUGCGAACUUCAAGCAAAGAUUUAAAAAUUUUAGGAUUCUUCGCAGAAGUCAGCAAGAAAAAAUUGUUCACAGAAAUUCAUAUCCAAAGUUGUUUAUCGCCAAAGAUUUUGAAAAGCACAAGAAACAUCAUUACCAAACGAGUAUUUUCAAGAUCUCAUAAGAUAUUUCAAAGAAUUCGGAGAAAAAAGAAGAAAAUGGGUAAAAACAAUAGCGUUGACGAUUGUAUCAAUAUCUUGGAAGAACUAAAUGCUGAAAUGGUGGAUGUUUAUUUUCCAGUAAUAACAUGUCUCAUAUUUACUAUGAUAGCUGGGGGAAUUGGAAAUUGUAUUUUAGCUUAUGUAUACUAUUAUAAAUUUGAGAUUACUUCCACACAAGUAUUCGUUGUAGCACUCGCAAUGAACGAUUUUCUGACUUGCAUAAUAUGCAUACCAAUGGAAAUGGUGAUUCUUCAUUUUUCUUUCACUUUUCACAGUGAUAUUGCAUGUCGCUUGAUACGCUAUAUUGUGUCUACAGCAAUAGUCAUUUCAGCUUACAUUAUAUGCAUUAUAUCAGUCGACAGGUAUAUGCGUGUAUGCCGAUCCUUUCAACCUCAAAUUUCUGUUCAGAAAUCAAAGAAAAUUGUAGCAUUCUUAGUAAUCGCGGCAGCUAUUACUACUAUAGUAAUACCAUUUGUAUACUUCAAAAAUAAAAGAAUGGCCAAACAUUGUGGAAAUAUUGGUGAAGUAUGCUCACUUUCUGAGAGUUCAGAUCUUGUUAUAGGCUAUUAUAUUUUCCUAACGGGCGGUAGCUUCAGUGCAUUUCUUAUGCUGUUCUUAAUAUAUGCGCUGAUUGGAAUACGUAUUGGGAAAAUUUACAAAGCAAAGAAAAAUAUAAUUCAUAAACUUUAUACCAGUUCAACGCUCACUAAAAGUAUAUAUAUAAAUAGUAGAUUUCUUGAAAUUCCUUCUCCUACAAGAGAUGAAAGACAAUCAAUGCACCCGGUUCGGACAAAUUUUAUUCUGUCCACUAUCAGCUUGAUUUGGAUCAUCAGUUAUCUUCCACAUUUUGCGGCAGUAUUCUUUAGGCUCUCUAUAAAAAGUUUUAAUGAAACUGCAAGUCAUAAAGAAAACGCCCUUUACAAAUAUUUACUGUGUUCUUUUUACGUCAGCAGUGCUCUUAACCCGUAUGUUUACGGAGUUUUCUGCCAAAAGUUUCGUACUGAAUUAAAUAAUUUAUUUCGCAAAAUUUUCCAUUCAGAUCAUAAAUAAAAUACAGAAUUUCU